CGUUUUACAUUAUUAGCCAAACCAGCAAAAGAACUACAAUUACUUUUUUACUAGCCACUUAGUUCUUUUCGUCAUCACUUGUAAGAAAACGAACAUUCGUACUGACUUAAUGAAUGUAUAAAUAAGUUGACAGGACUUUUAUCUAGCCACCUUUUUCUCUUUUCAGUUUGUAUAACAUAUUCAUAUAUUUCCUUUCGAUUAACCCAUUUGACCUUCCAUCGGUUCUUCAAAGGUUAUACUUCAUACCACACUUAUAUAGGUUCGUAUUCAGUGAAUUUUCUCGAAAGACCACUUAUAUGAAAAGAUUUUUUCUCAAGAGUAUCCCCACAUUACAAUACCGUUGCUUCCAAACCUUUUUUUUUCAGAAAAACCCAUCAACAAAUAUGAAGUACCCACUGGAUAAGUCAGACCAAGAAUGGCGCAAAGAACUUGACCCGGAACAAUAUCGUGUAUUGCGAAACAAAGGUACAGAGCUACCAGGUUCUGGCAAGUAUACGAAUUACUUCCCCGAGAAAGGCGUCUUUGUAUGUGCAGCUUGUAAAGAGUUGCUGUACAAAGCUGAUACGAAAUUUGAGAGCCACUGUGGAUGGCCUGCUUUUUACGACAAUUUGCCUGGAAAAGUGAAAAGAAUAGAGGAUGAUUCUUAUGGAAUGCGACGUACCGAGGUUGUUUGCUCAAAUUGUGGCGGCCAUUUAGGCCAUGUUUUUAAGGGCGAGGGCUAUGCCGUACCUACGAAUGAACGCCAUUGUAUCAAUUCUGUUAGCUUGGAUUUCCACAAAGAAGAAACCAAUAACAAGUAGGUUGAUGCAUUUAAACAACAUUCUUCUUAUGAACUUGUCAAUUUUUGUCCUUACAAUGUAUUAAAUAAAAUUACUACCGCAUGAUAAUAAUAGUAUAAUAAACAUUUUUUUAAAAGUUCACC